AUGCUUUGCACAGAGGUAGUGGAAAAACUCAUUAGAGGACGGUAUAUCCGUCUACUUCGCUGCCUUUGCAGAAGCCAUGGCUUGGCUUUUGGAGACAGUCACCGCCUUAGUGGCGGCGAGGACUUGGGCGCGUGCGGCGGGGCAAGAAGACGAGGGCGGGGCUCCCUAACCCGAGACUUCAAAACGGGUUACAUAUUUUAUUUUCAGGCCACUAUGUCAAAAAGAGUCUUAUUGCCUUCUAUCCCAUCACUGGAAUCAGCAGCCGGUAGAAGUGAUCAAACAAGUUCAAGUGGAGAAAAGUCCUCUUCUAGUGGGAAAGAUUCUCCUUCGAGAAAUGAAUUAAGAAAUAGACUGGCUAGCAUGGCUCCAAAACAGAUUUCACCAAAUCCUGAAGCUCUGAAAUUUGAACAUAAUACAAAAUCUCAAGAAAGAACUAGAAAGCGGCAGCAGCCUGUAAAACUGGAGCCUUUACCUGUGUUAAAAAUAUAUCAGCACCAAAAACAACCUGAAUAUAUAUACCAGAAGAACAAGGAAAAACUGUUAGCAGCUGGAGUAUUACAGCCUACAACUUCAGUAGCGAAAAGAAAAUGGCCUGGUGCAGUGGAAUCACUUUCAUCUGAACUCCAUGAAGAACUAAAAGAAAGACAGUUGCUGAGUGCUACGGUACGACUUCCAACUCCUCCUAAGCAACCACGUAGUAUAGUAAAGUUAAGUGCUUGUAAACCAAGCUCAGCUCCACCUUUACGUACAUUUAAUGAACCAGAAGAAGUAAUUAAAGCUAAUGUUACAGAACCUCUACAGAUUAUAAGAAUAAUAUGUGAAAACAAAAAUCUUGGAUUUCUAUACAUGACUCCUGCAGUGCCUAAAUCAUCAAUUGAGUAUGACACAUAUAACUUGAAAAUUGUAACUUACGACUGCAUUAACAAAAAUGACUACUACACAAUUAGCCCGCAAGCAGUUAUUCAUACAUACAAUGGAGAAGUUGAAUACCUGGAACUUGAACGCUGGGAGCAAGAAUAUCUCUAUCAUAGAGCACUUAUCAAAAUUACUAUAUUUGCUAUAUUUCGCAAAUGGAAGUCAUUUAACGUAUGGAGAAAGAACGUCCGCUCCAAAAAGAUCAGUGCAUGUCGCCGAGGUUUACAGAAGAACUUAUUCAUUGUUAAUGCUUGUUUGAGACCAGCAAUUCUAAACAUCCAAGAAAUGUGUUAUCGAAUUGGUGACAUGGCGCUUUGUCAAGUUGAAAAGGACUAUAUAUACACAUUGAUAGAAUUUAAAGGUACUCAAUUCAGUCAACUAAAAGAUGUGAGUUUCAUUGUUUCAGUUAUUCAAGAUUUUACAUAAAUAAUUUUAUUGAAAUGUAAUACUCAUUCAUCUCUAACUGCAUUGAAAUUUUAGGUGGCAUCUCAUUUGUCAGAGUUCAGAGAAUUAGCUAAAGAAGUGGUUAGAGGUGCAUGUCGAACUGCACUGCUUGAAUCUGGUUUCACUCCUGAUGAUUAUUUUUAUGGAACAGAGAGUACAGAACAGAUAACAGUGGUAACAAGAAAAGAAGCUACUGCAAAUACCAUCGUUCCUCAUGUUGAGAAAGAUUUUUAUGGCGAACAACCUGAAAGAAUGACAUACACAGAACAGGCCAAUAAAAGAGCUCAGUGUGGAAGGUUGACGUGCUUUAUUCGUCUUGCCGAUUACCUUAUUGUGAAUACAAUGCAUGUCUUGGCAGUUAAAUCUGUCACUACUCUUUUGAAUUACCUUACUGAUAAAUUGAAGAAGACACCACCUUCAGAAGUUAUCCAGAAAUGGAACACCGAUGUAGUAACUGAAGUUGUGGAAAAGAAGGGAACUUCAGUGAUUGCAGAGGAAGAUGAGACAUCCAUUCCAAUGUUUCUUGCAGAACUAAUUUUAGAGAUCCAUGCACUGUUGUUUGAACCAACUAUGGAAGAAUUCCAGGAUACUAUGGCAGAGAUUGUGUCUCAAUUUCAGGCAACUGUGUUAUCUGUUGCAAACCUUGUUCCUGAUCAGUAUUUUGAUGCUUUCACUUGUCCUGUUAUUAACAACAAAAUUGAAGAAAAAACAUGUGGUGAAGGACCAAGCUUAGCAAUAAUGUUUAAAGAUGAUAAACAUCUUCAGAAUAUUAUCCUACAAAUAAAGGAAACAAUUGAUUCAGCAUUUGAAGCAGCCAAUUUAUAUGCAGCUACUUUUGAAAAGUUUCGAUCUUUUUUCAGAGAAAAUGAAAGCCUUGAUUUGGUAGCUCUGAAGAAAGAAGAACCUGAUGUUAAAUUUUUUGCUGAACAACUGGAGAGAUAUCACAGACAACACAAAGAAGCUUUGGCAAUAAAACAAAAGAGACCCUUAGGUUUGUUCCUCAUAGAUGCUAAGAAGUUGAAAGAGAAACUAAUUCCAUCACCAAAGCGUUGUUUGGAGGUUAUUAAUGAAAUGCUUCCUGUAAUUGCAAAGAAAAAAGUGACCGCCAUUCUUGCUGAGGCAAAUGAUGCUAAAUUUAAACUUGAGUUUCUUCCAUGCACAACUACUGAAUAUGUGGCUAGCUUGACAUUCCUUGAUGAAAUACAAGACAGGAUUGAAAUUCUUGAAGAUGAAUCAAAAGUAGUUAGUAAGAUGUAUCAGCUCAUUGAACAGUAUACUGUACCAGCUCCUCCUGAAGAUUUUGCUUUGUUUUCAAGUCUGAAGCCAUCUAUCAUUGCUGUUCGUAAUGCAAUUGAUAAAUCUGUAGGUGAAAGAGAUGCCAGCAUUAUUAAAUUCUGUCAACUUCUAGAUGAAGAUGUUCAGGAACUAAAUGAAGAAGUUAAAGAAGUUAGACUUCUUGCACAGGAUCCUCAGAUUUUGGAUGCAGAUGCUGAUCAAGAUAGAGUGAGACUAGUUCUAGGCGAGUUGCAAACCAUUCUUGAUGAAAUACAAAAGCGUGCAUUCCAGUAUAAAUCCUAUCAGAAGAACUUCAAGGUGGAAGUCACAAAAUUUGAUACCCUGGAGGAAGUUUGUGCAGAGUUGAAGUUGAAACAACUGUUGUGGGAUUCUCUUAGUGAAUGGUCAAUACUUGAAGAAGAUUGGAUGGAGAGCAAAUUUGAUAGCUUAGAUCCUGAACUAUUGAAUGGUCAAGUUGCCAAAUAUGCUAAAUUUGUGAAUCAGUUGGAAAAAGGCUUGCCAACUAAUAAUGUUGUCCCACAACUUAAGGAGAAGGUGGAGAAAAUGAAAGAAAAGCUUCCAGUUAUCACAGAUCUUAGAAAUCCUUUUUUGAAACCCAGACACUGGGCAAUUCUGGAACAAAUAGUUGGCGCACAAUUAAUAGAUAUGGAAAAUCCAUUAACCUUGGAACGACUUACUCAAAUCAGCACUUUUGAAUAUAGUCAGGAGAUUCAGGAUGUUUCUGGACAAGCUUCAGGAGAAGCUUCUUUGGAGAUUAUUCUCAAGAAGGUAGAAGAUGCCUGGAAAACAACAGAAUUCGUUGUAAUUCCUCAUCGUGAUUCAAAAGAUGUUUUCAUCCUUGGUGGCACAGAUGACAUUCAGGUCAUUCUAGAUGACAGUACUAUUAAUGUAGCAACAAUUGCCUCUUCCCGAUACGUAGGCCCUCUCAAGCCACGAGUUGACGAAUGGCAGAAACAGCUCUCUUUAUUCAGUCAGACAUUGGAGGAAUGGCUGACAUGUCAGAGGAACUGGCUCUACUUAGAAAGCAUUUUUAGUGCUCCUGAUAUUCAAAGACAGUUGCCUGCAGAAGCCAAAAUGUUCUUGCAAGUAGAUAAGUCUUGGAAGGAAGUUAUGAGAAAAGUGAAUCGACUGCCUAAUGCCCUACGAGCCGCUACUCAGCCUGGCCUUUUAGAGACUUUUCAGAAUAAUAAUGCUCUUCUUGAUCAGAUUCAGAAAUGUCUGGAGGCCUAUUUGGAAUCCAAGAGAGUUAUUUUCCCAAGAUUCUACUUUUUAUCAAAUGAUGAGCUGUUGGAAAUUUUGGCUCAGACUCGCAAUCCUCAAGCAGUUCAGCCUCAUUUAAGGAAAUGUUUCGAUUCUAUUUCUAAACUGGAGUUUGCCUACAUGGCUCCAACUGAGGGAGAAGAAAAAAUUCUCACCAAUGAUAUUCUAGCAAUGCUGUCACCUGAAGGUGAAAGGGUUGGCUUGGGAAAAGGACUUAAGGCCAGAGGAAAUGUUGAAGACUGGCUUGGUAAAGUUGAAGAAGCAAUGUUCACUUCCCUUAGACGACUGAGCAAAGCUGCCAUUGCAGAUUAUCAAACCAGAGAAAGAGUGGAGUGGGUUAUUGCUGGGCAUCCUUCUCAGGUUGUACUGACCAUUUCUCAGCUCAUGUGGUGCCGUGAUCUAACUCAGUGUUUAGAAGGAGAAGAUCAUGAUCAUUUAGAAGCUUUGGAAGCUUUUGAAAAUGAAAAUUUUCAUAGACUAAAUGCAUUGGCUUCACUAGUCCGCGGCAGCCUUCCCAAACUUCACAGAAAUAUCAUAACUGCGCUCAUUACUAUUGAUGUACACGCAAGAGACAUUGUGACAGAACUUGUACAACAAAAGGUGGAUUCUGUGGAGAAUUUUGACUGGCAAAGACAAUUGCGUUACUAUUGGGACCUUGAUUUGGAUAACUGUGUGGCAAGAAUGGCUUUAUCCCAAUAUACCUAUGCCUAUGAAUACUUGGGUGCAUGUCCAAGAUUAGUGAUAACACCACUCACGGAUCGUUGCUACCUUUGCCUGAUGGGAGCCCUGCAGCUUGACCUAGGAGGAGCCCCAGCUGGCCCUGCUGGUACUGGAAAAACAGAGACUACUAAAGAUCUUGCAAAAGCACUUGCCAUCCAGUGUGUGGUGUUCAACUGCUCAGAUGGCUUGGAUUAUAAGAUGAUGGGGCGUUUCUUCAGUGGUUUGGCACAGUCUGGAGCAUGGUGCUGCUUUGAUGAAUUCAAUCGAAUUGAUAUUGAAGUUCUGUCUGUUAUUGCCCAACAACUGAUUACAAUAAGGAAUGCUAAAGCAGCAAAGCUCACUCGGUUUAUGUUUGAAGGGCGUGAAAUCAAAUUAAUCAUGACCUGUGCAGCUUUCAUUACUAUGAAUCCUGGCUAUGCUGGACGAACAGAAUUACCUGACAAUCUAAAAGCACUCUUCAGGCCAUUUUCUAUGAUGGUUCCAAACUAUGCUUUGAUUGCAGAGGUUAUUCUGUAUUCUGAAGGAUUUGAAUCAAGUAAAAUACUUGCAAGGAAGAUGACUCAGAUGUAUAAACUCUGUAGUGAACAGCUUUCUCAGCAAGACCACUAUGAUUUUGGAAUGAGAGCUGUCAAAUCUGUGUUGGUCAUGGCGGGAUCACUAAAGAGAGAGAAUCCAAACCUGAAUGAAGAUGUUGUUUUAAUAAGAGCGUUACGAGAUUCCAAUCUCCCAAAGUUUCUUGCAGAUGAUGCUGUUUUGUUCAGUGGAAUUAUAUCUGACCUUUUUCCUGGAGUCAUAAUCCCAGAACAUAAUUAUGGAGUGCUGCAGUCAACAAUAAUAGAUACCAUGCUUUCCAAAGGAUUGCAGCCUGAAUCUACUAUGAUUCAUAAAGUGAUUCAACUUUAUGAAACUAUGCUGGUAAGGCAUGGUGUCAUGCUUGUAGGACCAACAGGAGGUGGAAAAACUACAGUUUACCAAAUUUUGGCAGAUACGCUUGGAACUUUAUAUGAAGCAGGUGAGGAAUAUCAUUUUUUCCAGCCAGUUAAAACUUAUAUUCUGAAUCCUAAAUCAAUAACUAUGGGUGAACUAUAUGGUGAAGUUAACAAUUUAACCCUGGAAUGGAAAGAUGGUUUAAUGGCACUUAGUGUCCGAGCUGCUGUAGUUGACACCUCUGAAGAUCAUAAAUGGAUCAUCAGUGAUGGGCCUGUGGAUGCACUAUGGAUUGAAAAUCUGAACACGGUUCUAGAUGACAACAAGAUGCUUUGUUUGGCUAACAGUGAAAGAAUCAAACUCACACCAUCCAUCCAUAUGAUGUUUGAGGUGGAAGACUUAAGAGUUGCUUCACCUGCCACAGUAAGCCGAUGUGGAAUGGUAUACAUUGACCCAGAUGAACUGAAGUGGAUCCCCUAUGUAAAAACAUGGAUGGCAGGCCUUGAAGAAAAGCUCAAUGAAGAAACAAGAACAUAUUUGCUUGAACUUUUUUCCCGUUAUGUUGAAGAUGGUCUGAAAUAUGUUCGCAAAAAGUGUUUCCAAGCUAUAUUGCAAGUGGACAUCAGUAAAGUUACUACUCUUUGCUGCUUAUUGGAGUCAUUGCUUCUUGGAAAGGGAGGACCCAGUUUGAAAUUGGAACAAUCACGGUUAAAUUCUCUCGUGUGCCAGACAUUUGUCUUCUGUUAUUUGUGGUCUGUGGGUGGAAAUAUAACUGAGAACUGUUGGGAUGCUUUUGAUACAUUUGUAAGGCAGCAAUUCGAGGAUAAUCCUGAUGCCAAGCUUCCAACUUCUGGUGAUUUGUGGAGUGUUUACAUUGAUUAUGAUAUAAAACGCUUGGAUCCUUGGGAGCGAAUUAUACCAACAUUUAAAUAUAGCCAGACGCUACCUUUUUUUGAAAUGCUUGUUCCUACCACUGACACUGUGCGCUAUGGCUUUCUGAUGGAAAAAUUGCUAGCUGUCAAACAUUCAGUGCUGUUCACAGGAAUAACUGGAGUUGGCAAAUCUGUAGUUGCAAGAUCGUUGCUUAACAGAAUACAGGAUGAAGCCGGCUACGUUCCUGUUUACCUAAAUUUCUCUGCUCAGACUUCUUCAGCCAGGACACAAGAGAUUAUUGAAUCAAAAUUAGAAAAAAAAAGAAAAAAUAUUUUGGGAGCACCAGGGAAAAAAAGAGUUGUCAUUUUUGUGGAUGAUUUAAACAUGCCUAAACUGGAUCGUUAUGGCUCACAGCCCCCUAUUGAACUACUUAGACAGUACCAGGACUUUGGAGGAUUCUAUGAUCGAGAUAAGCUGUUUUGGAAGGAAAUCCAUGAUGUAACAAUUUGUUCCGCUUGUGCACCUCCUGGUGGUGGACGUAAUCCAGUUACCGCACGUUUCAUAAGACACUUUGCUAUGCUGUGCCUUCCAACACCCUCUGAACAUAGCCUUAAACAAAUUUUUCAGGCUAUUCUGAAAGGCUUCCUAGCUGAAUUUUCCCAAGCAGUAAAGCAGUGUGCAAGUAGUAUAGUGGAGGCUGCUGUUGAAAUAUAUCAAAGAAUGAGUAUUGAUCUGCUCCCAACACCCGCAAAAUCUCACUAUGUGUUUAAUUUACGUGAUUUGUCAAAGUGUGUCCAAG